CAUUUCCCAUAAGUAUUAUUAUCAUUAUCGUCCAUCCUAUCUUAGAUUCGACCCGCCUGUUGAAGUGAGAGAGUUAGAUAUUGUAGGGUUUUUCUUUUCGUCGUUUUUCGUAUGGAAUCAGAAAUGGUUGACGCAGAGUUAGAACAGUUGGAACAAGAAAAAGCACAAAUAUUAAAAGAGUUGAGAGAACUUGACGACUCUGAAACGGAUGAAUGGACCCCCCAAGAAGCUAGGAAACGAUUCAACCAACUGUUGUUGGAGUGCGAACAAUUCGUUAGAGACCAAAAAGGUUUUGCAAUCAAUAUAGAACCUCCGAUACAAAUAGCUCGUUAUAAGGCUGGUGACGUCAUACCGCCUUCUGCGCUUUCCUUGGCCAAGCCAAAGGGGUUAGCUUUGGACUUUACAGUGCCGGUUAAAGUAAAAAGUUACUAUGAGGUGGUGAAAAAUCCAAUCUUCUUGAACCAAAUAAGGGAUAAAUGUAAGGGUGGCAAAUAUUUCACGCAUACAGAGUAUUUGGACGAUAUGCGUUUGUUGUUGGAAAACACAAGAGCCUUUAAUACUGACCCCGAAAGUGAUUGGAUAGUACAACAUGCUCAGUUGUUGAUGGAGGCAGCAGAAGAGGCCGUCGAAGCCAGGAAAUCGGACUUGUUAUAUUUAGAACAAUAUUUGGAGAAACCCGAAAAGGAAGUUGCAUCCGUGAAGGAACAAGAUUCGCAGGCAGCACCGUUACGUUCAGGCAAGGCAGCGUUUGCUAAACUACCAAAGGACACCUAUAUAGAAUUGUAUUGGCCUCCAGAUGACCAAUGGUAUACAGGAAAGGUUGUUGAUUAUUCAGAAGAAGACAAGAUGCACAAUAUCUAUUAUGAAGCAGAUCACUCUUCCGAAUGGGUGGAUCUUUCGGAAGUCAAAUGGAAGUAUGCAACUGUGGAAAGAAGUGCAGAGAAGCGAUCGCGUACAAAAACUCAUGGCUCGACUCCUCGCUUCCAUAACAAUAGUAACAAUAUCGGUUAUAGUGCAGAAAGCAAGACAACCAAAAGACGAAAGGUGGAAGAAACUCCAAAGAAACUUUCGACCCCCAUACUGACUGGUGGUACAGUUUCUAGUAGAAAAGUUGCCGAAGAUGGGCUUGAGAAGUAACUCUUGAAAUACGCAACGGUUUUGAGAAAAUUGAA